GAAACUGCCCUCGUCGCCUGGCACCAGCCUUCCGAAGUCGCCCCUCAGCCAGCGUCCUGUACCUUAGUAAAGCCUGAGGUCACCUCCAACUCUCGAAGCCCACCCGUCCCAGAGGCCGACUUCUCUCCACAGGGGAGGAGAGGGACAGGCGCGCGGCGCAUGGAGCUCUGCACGAGCGCUCGCUCGCUCCUCCCCGGCCGCCCGAAAGCAGCCCAGAGGGGCCCCAGAGCCGAGCCCUCGACCGCACCCCCCACGCCCGCCCCGACUCGCCGCACGCUCGGGCCCUGGGACGGCCCAGCUCGGCGACCCCGGGCCACCGCCGAAACCGCCCGCCCGCGCCCCUCCGCGGCUUGCGGCGCCCGCCCGCCCCGCCGCGUCGUCGCCCGCCCCUCCCCACCCCCCGGGGGCAGAUUCAGGCCCCGGGUCCGAGCCUGCGCCCCUGCAGCUGCCGCCGCCGCCGCCGCCGCCAGGGGGAGAGAGGCUCCGUCGGGAAACGUGGUGUGGCUUCCUUGGUGUGAGGGCCUUUCAAACUUCAGGUUUCUGGUCGUUUCCCCCGGUGGCUGAGGGGCGUCGAGGAAGAUGGAGAGCCAGUGCGGGGCGCAAACAUCAAAUCAGACGCAAACAGAUUCAUUAUCUCCAUCCCCUAAUCCUGUGUCACCUGUGCCUUUGAAUAACCCAACAAGUGCCCCAAGAUAUGGAACAGUGAUCCCUAAUCGCAUCUUUGUAGGAGGAAUUGACUUUAAGACAAAUGAAAAUGAUUUAAGAAAAUUUUUUUCCCAGUAUGGGUCUGUAAAAGAAGUGAAGAUUGUAAAUGACAGAGCUGGAGUGUCCAAAGGGUAUGGUUUCGUCACUUUUGAAACACAAGAAGAUGCACAAAAAAUUUUACAAGAGGCUGAAAAACUUAAUUAUAAGGAUAAGAAACUGAACAUUGGUCCAGCAAUAAGAAAACAACAAGUAGGGAUCCCUCGUUCCAGUAUAAUGCCAGCAGCUGGAACAAUGUAUCUAACAACUUCAACUGGAUAUCCCUACACUUAUCAUAAUGGUGUUGCUUAUUUUCAUACUCCAGAGGUAACUUCUGUCCUACCACCAUGGCCUUCACGUUCAGUAUCUAGUUCCCCUGUGAUGGUAGCUCAGCCUGUUUAUCAGCAGCCUGCAUAUCACUACCAGGCCCCUGCACAAUGUCUACCAGGACAGUGGCAGUGGGGUGUUCCUCAGUCUCCUGCCUCUUCUGCUCCGUUCUUAUACCUCCAACCUUCUGAGGUUAUUUAUCAACCAAUGGAAAUUGCACAAGAUGGUGGAUGUGUUCCUCCUCCACUGUCUCUGAUGGAAACUUCAAUUGCAGAGCCUUAUUCUGAUCAUGGAGUUCAAGCAACGUACCACCAGGUUUAUGCUCCAAGUGCCAUUGCUAUGCCUGCACCUGUGAUGCAGCCUGAACCAAUUAAAACACUGUGGAGCAUUCAUUAUUAAGACAACUGGGCAGCUCUAGUCCAGCUCAACUGAUUUCUUGUCCAAUGAUCCUUGUGUGGCCGAGAUCCAGCUUCAACGAACCGGCUAGAAGCUGCCCGUUGUGAAACUUAGGGUUAGUUAAUACCUCACUAUAUUUAUUCCACUAUAAGCUGUCUAAAUUUGAUGAAAUUUGCUUUUUCAGCUGUUAUACAAAAUUAUUUAGGUAGAUGUGGCAUGUUGGUGUUUUUAUGUGUUUAUCUAACUGUAGUGACAUUUUAUACAACAUGUUUUAUCCAUUCCGUAAAUAAUAACCACAUUGGGAAUAGUGAGGUGUCUUUCAUUUUCUCUGCUUUGUGUUAUUUUUCCUCUCAACCUUUUAGAAGUUAUGUUUCAUAUUCUUUGCUGUUUAUUUUAAUAUUUAGGAUAAAAGUCAUUCCUAAUUCUAAAAGAAUUUUUAAUACUUUCAUGCCUUUUAGCAUAUAGUAUAUUUAAUCUUAAUGAUUCAGUUCUACUACUUUGCUAUUUUGUCAUUUAAUAUGCUUUUGUCUAAUUUUUUAUUUAUUACUGCUACUCUUUAAUUUUGCUUCUGCCACAGUUUUCAGAAUUUGAAUACUAUUUAUACUGCUUUUUUUAUAACAUUUUCCAAAUAUUAGAAAUACCAUGAACAUGAUCAAUAUUCUUGCUUUUUCAUGUGAUUAAUUUCACUAUAUUAAAUUUUUUCUCUAAUAUUUGAGAUAAUACUGCAGCAGCCUUCCUAUAACAUAAGCCAUUUGCUACCAAAUUUUAUAUAAUUUGGAUCACCUAGAAUUGUUUCGAUAAAAAAAGGGCUCACUUCUGA